CUCAUUUAAUAAAAGUUGUUUAAUAAAGAUAACUACGAAAACUUUAUUUGUAGGAAAUUUGUAAAAUGAUAACUAACAGAUUAUUUUUAUCCACGUGUUUACUUUUAGUUGUUUGUCAUUCCAUAGCAACAAAAUUAAACUUACGUCCUGUUGUUGGGAUUAUUUCUCAACGAACAAAUAGAGAGCUUGAAAUUAUUCUAGGUUAUAAUACUACAUAUAUCGCAGCUUCGUACGUCAAGUUUUUAGAAAUGGCAGGCGCCCAAGUAGUGCCUAUCGUGUCAUCUUGGAAUAAACUGCAAAUAAAACGAGUAAUGAAAAAAGUUAAUGGAGUACUUUUUCCGGGAGGUGCAGCUCCAUUUAACGAAUCAAACUAUUGGAAUGCUGCAAAAAUAGCUUUUGAAGUGGCAAAAGACUUAAACGAUAAAGGUAUUUAUUACCCAAUCUUUGGAAUAUGCUUAGGUUUUGAGGUAUUACAUGAAUUAACAGCAGGUGAGAAACUGCUUACUAAUUACAAUGCCGAAAACUACUCUAUUCCAGUUAACUUUACUAAAAUAGCUUUUCAUAGUCGUUUGUUUGCAAAUAUGGGUAAAAAAUUAAUAAAAGGUCUUCAAUUUGAUAAUAUUACAAUAAACAUGCACGAGCAGGGAAUCAGUCCCGAUGUAUAUAUCAAGAACAUAAAAAUAAAUAAAAUGUUUCGAAUACUAUCGACUAAUUUUGAUAGAAAUGGAAAAGAAUUUGUUUCGUCAAUGGAAGGGAAAAAAUAUCCAUUUUAUGGAACGCAAUGGCACCCUGAAAAAAACAUUUUUGAAUGGACCGAGAUCGAAAACAUAAAUCAUUCACCAACUGCUAUUCACGCGUCUCAACACAUAGCGAACUUUUUUGUUAACGAAGCAAGGAAAAACAACAACCAUUUUGCAUCUAUAAGCGAUCUACAAAGACACUUAAUUUUCCACUAUCAAAUUAUCUGGUCAGGAGGUUUAACAAAAUUUGAGCAAAUUUAUAUAUUUAGAGACGAAAGUGCUUUAAAAAGAAAAUCUGUGCAUAAACGUAUAGGUAUAUAAAAUGCUACAGCCCAGCUAUAUGUAUAGUUUUUUUUACUUUAUAUAUAUUAUAUUUUUAUAAACUA